ACAAAAACAAUCAAAAAAGUUUUUAACCAUAAUGGCGAUGGUUUAAAAAACAAACAAAUACGAAAAUAAUACACAUUGAUUGUUAUGUCAUAUCAAUAUAUCUGUUGGUAGAAUUUUGAUAUCAUCUAAGUCCUGCUUUUUUGUUGUUUUUCUGGCUACUCAAAUUGUUCUGAAAGUUGUAUAAGUAAUUUUUUCGCACUUCAAUCAAAAUUUCUAAUCACGACAAGGAUUUCAACUUUCAACAAAAAGAAGUUUUUUGUUGCACUAAAAUAUUUACUUUUAUUGCACUAAAAAUUAAUGGUUUAUUGCAAUAAAAUAUGAUUGUUGAAUUUUGAUUUAAAUCAUUCUAGAAUUUGUUCUGAUAAUUUUGUUACAGGUUUAGUUUUAAUUUUUAAUUUGGUUUUUAUUUUUAUAUAAGAUUAUUUAAAACUAAUAAGUAAACUCUACAAUUCGCAUAAUUUUACAUUUAAAGUUGAUAGAAAUGACUUAAUUGAUAACACAGCUGCAUUUUAAAUCAAUCAUUGAAUCAAUUUUUUACUGUUAAAUGUUUUUACAGACAAGGUUAUUCACAAAUUGUAUAAACUAAUUACAUCAACACACAACAAUAAUAAUUACAACACUUAUGUAUGCUAAUACCUUUAAGUAUACAUAGUUACAGUUACAAACAUGUUUUUUAUUUUAAAGUAAUAAUUUUACUUUCAGUAUGUGGUUUCAAAAUUUGUGACAAUAGUAUUAUCAAAGUAAAAUUAUAAAAUAAGUUGAAAGUUCAAUUUGCAAAAUAAUAUCUAUUAGAUAAUCUAAUUACUAUUUUUAUACUAAUAUUGUAUUCUAAUGAUAAUGCUAUCUAAUGUUGUGAAGUUAAACUUAGUUUAUAGUAGAAUUCUCAUAGUUUUACUCAAUUUUUGCAUAAAAUAUACAAAAAUAAUAUUUUGCUGUAGUGUCCUCAAAGAUUAAUCUAUUACCAGAUGACUUUGAUUUGAUGUUUUCUGACAUGGUUUUAGAAGAUGAAAUGAUAGUUGCACUUCCUAAUCCAUGUGAAAUUGUUGUCAGGGUUAAUGAAACAUCAUUCCAAAGAAUAAUUACAUACGAACCGUCAUUUCUUCAAAUGUUGAAUUCUGUUCCAAUUUAUAGUCUAGAAAGUUCAGGCAAUUCUCCUGGUACAAGUAAAGGCUCACCACAAUCGUUUAUUUUGCAUCCACAAAGUAAGAAUGUCCAUGCUACUGUCCAGUCUCCACUUUCUCUAGAGAUUGGAGUUAAGUUACCUAUUUUUUCGAUAGAUAGCACCAAUUAUUUAAAUGGUUUGGUGCCUUGUCGCAAGCAUACCUUAAAAGAUAUUGGUACUGAAUUGGCACAUCAUCUCCAAGGGUGUUUUCCUGAUGGAACCCCUUCCAUUAGAAAGAAGUUUUAUCGUAAUGUUACUUUACUUUUGAAACAGUCGUAUCCAAACUGUACUUUUGGAGAAGAGGGUGCAAGUAGUGUUGUAAAACGUGUUUCGAAUGUUAUUCGUAAGCGACGUGAGCGAAAAAUAAAAAGUUUGGCUAAGUCUAUGAAUGCAAACAGAAAGCUUAACAUUGCUGGAAUGAACGAUGCCUCAUUUGAUGAUGGUAUGCAAUGUGCUUUGGUACAAAGAGUUCCAGAUAUUGAACACAUCCGUUGUUUAGUUAGGAAUAUGCGCUGUUCUCUGCCAUAUUUAGAGCACAAAGAUCACCUGUUCUAUCUCGAGAUUAUCAUGGACGAGUUCGAAAGAAUGAACAUUAUAACAAAAGAAAGUGCGCUAGAUAAGCUAAUGCAAGUCGUUGAGAAAUUGUAUCUUGGUAUGCCUAUUGUAUCUGCCCUAAUUAAAUUUCACAACAACACUACCAGAAGAGGGGUGCUGUGCCCAGUUGUUAUUGCUGGUACUGAAGAUAUAAGUUUUUAAUCUGGGCCUCUUCUCAUCUUAGGCGAAAAUGUAAGACUUGUCGACAAAGGAAAUAUUAUUGCAAUCGGACAACGCCAUAACGAUGCACUACACGUCCUUCAACUUCUGGCAUAUUAUUAUAUAAUGGACCUAUCGUACCCAAGGUCGUUUGGAGGAGUUUUAGGGCUACUGCAGAAUUAUGUCUUGCAACUUCCAUUUGAUUGCACGAAUAAGCUUUGGCUCAAAAAAUGUAAAAUCUUGUUAAAAAUGUUGCCGUGUUAUAUUGACAUUUUACAUUGACUUCUGAACUA